UCAGCUUAUCAUAACUCAGCUGUGCUUUGCGAGGGCAUAGCAAAUACACAACUCCCUAAAAGUUCUCGUAAAGUAAUAUCAAACCAGGUUUUUAUUUAUUUUUAUCUUAAAAAAGGAAUAUUUUGGAAGCCAUUGGAGCAAGUGGAUAUGUUGACCUUCGUCUUUGUGUGCCUCUCUAUCUCAGUCACAGGACUGCGUGCUUUUACGGUUACUGUUGCUAAUCCCUCAGUACAGGUGAAAGAGAAUGAGGGAGUUGACUUGAAAUGUUCCUACAGUUCUGACUUUGGGACAUCACCCAGAGUAGAAUGGAAGUUCAGCGAUCUCAAGGGAUCUCAAACAUUGGUCUACUUUGAUAACCAGCCAACUGGGAACUAUGCAGGCCGUAUCACAGUGUAUGAUGGAGGACUGCGAUUAAACAAUGUGACACGAGCAGACAACGGAAACUAUGAUUGUGAGGUGUCUGGAAAUACUGGAUAUGACGAGAAGACCAUCAAACUCACAGUCCUUGUGCCUCCUUCCAAGCCUGUAUCCAGAAUCCCUUCAUCAGUCAUGAUAGGCAGUAGCGCUCGCCUGACCUGCAUCGACACAGAUGGCUCCCCUCCAUCCAGCUAUAAGUGGUACAAAGACAACAUUCUCCUCCCCGAGGAUCCAACCUUGUCCUCCAAUUUUAAGAACCUCACUUACAAGAUGAACGUUAAGAAUGGUAACCUGGACUUUGCGAGUGUGUCUAAGUUGGAUACCGGUUCAUAUUUCUGUGAGGCCAGUAAUGGAGAAGGUGCCCCUCAGCGUGGAGAUGCAAUGCGCAUGGAAGUCCGCUGUCAGAAAAUAUGUGUGGCUCCAGAAUACAUGGUCACAUGACAGUAAAAGUGUACAGUUGCCAAGAUGCAGGGGGUGGGUCAACUUACCCCACUCUCCCCUACUUCCAUUGAAGAUGAGACAGAAGCUGGCUCUAAGAGUAAGGGAGACCUCACUUAUAUAAACAUCUACAAUAAAGUCUGAAAUUAUUACAGAG